ACUUCUCACAUCAUUACUUUUAACUCUUCUCUCGAUCUCCCCCCUAAACAAAGACCCAUAACUUAAAGCUUAUUACCACAACUAAAUUAUCACAAACUCCACAUUAAAAAAGAAAAUGGACACCAUGCAAAUGCAAGUCUUUAUAGGCAUUGUGGCCAUGGUAUCAGUCUAUAUGUUAUGGUUCUCUCACUUGUCUAAACGUCUGAAUACAGGUCCAAACCUAUGGCCUCUUAUUGGAAGCCUCCCAUAUCUAUUCAAGAACCGACACCGCCUCCAUGACUGGAUGGCCGGGAAUCUCCGGCGAACCAGUGGGGCCGCCACAUACCAAACAUGCACCAUAGCCUUACCUUUCUUGGCAUACAAGCAAGGGUUUUACACGGUUACGUGCCACCCCAAAAAUAUAGAGCAUAUUCUUCGUACUCGGUUCGAUAAUUACCCCAAAGGCCCACAAUGGCAAGCAGCCUUUCAUGAUUUACUAGGCCAAGGCAUUUUUAACAGCGACGGUGAAACUUGGCUUUUACAACGUAAAACCGCUGCCCUAGAGUUUACUACAAGGACUCUACGUCAAGCCAUGAACCGGUGGGUGAACCGGACUAUUAGAACCCGGCUAUGGAAGAUUUUGGAAACCGCUGAAAAUGAGAAAAAACCGGUUGAUUUACAAGACUUGCUUCUUAGGCUUACUUUCGACAAUAUUUGUGGGUUGACUUUUGGGAAGGACCCGAUGACUUUAUCACCGGGUCUACCCGAUAACCCGUUUUCAUCGGCUUUUGACUCAGCUACCGAGUCUACCCUCCAGAGGCUACUAUACCCAGGUUUUUUAUGGAGGUUAAAAAAGAUAUUUCAAAUAGGAGCUGAAAAAAGAUUACAAAACAGCUUACAAGUUGUGGAAAAUUACAUGUCAGGAGCACUUAACGCAAGAAAAGAGAACCCUUCUGAUGAUCUACUUUCAAGGUUCAUGAACAAGAGAGAUCAAAACGGCAACGUUUUCGCCGACGAUGUCCUUAAACGCAUCGCUUUGAACUUCGUCCUAGCUGGGCGUGACACGUCAUCCGUUGCCCUGAGCUGGUUCUUCUGGCUUGUGAUGAAUCACCCUGAGAUUGAAGCAAAGAUCAUCGAUGAAAUAUCAACGGUUCUUAAGCAGACACGUGGCGACGACUCCGAAAAAUGGGUCCGUGAACCACUUGAGUUUGAUGAAGCUGAUAAACUGGUUUAUCUCAAGGCCGCAUUAGCUGAGACUUUACGAUUAUACCCCUCCGUCCCGGAGGACUUCAAGUACGUUGUAAACGACGACGUUUUGCCAGAUGGGACUAUAGUUCCAGCGGGGUCCACAGUGACGUACUCGAUCUACUCCGUAGGGAGAAUGAAAACGGUUUGGGGAGAAGAUUGCAUGGAGUUUAGACCGGAGAGGUGGUUGAGUGAACCGGUAUCUGGUUCAGGUUACCGGUUUGAACCGCCAAAGGAUGGGUAUAAGUUUGUGGCCUUUAAUGCAGGCCCAAGAACUUGUCUAGGGAAAGAGUUGGCUUACUUGCAGAUGAAAUCUGUGGCUUCUGCUGUGUUGCUCCGGUACCGGUUAUUGCCGGUUCCCGGUCAUCGGGUGGAGCAGAAGAUGUCUUUGACUCUGUUUAUGAAGAAUGGACUCCAGGUUUAUGUUGAGCCUAGAGAGCUCAAGGGUGGUGCUAGUGAAGUGGCUACCUGUGCGUAGCGAUAUUGGGGGCAUUUUCGUCCUUUUCAAAUGUUCAAAGAAGUUUUAUUUUAUUACAAUCAUAAAAAUUAUGCAUUUUGUUUUAAUUUUUACAUCUGUGUAUGCUCUAUACUAUAAUGUUUUGAUUUGUAAUAUUUGUUGUUUCUAUAUGAAUUAAGUUCUUAAAAUGAGAUUAAUUUGUAUUCA